GAAGGUGGUUGCAAUAUAAUUUUCGGGGUGCCUAAAUAAAGUCUAUCCUUGUUUAUUCACCUCUGUUUAGAUGAGACAGAUUGAAAAUCAGUAAAUUGAAGAAAUCAUGGAAACCAGUUCAGUUUUCCUUCACACAGCAACCUACCCAUUUGGGUGUUCUCCUAGAAGAACAAACAGAUUUUCAGUCAGACCUUUGAACAAACGCUUACAACACUCACAGUUAAAUGGGAGAUUUCAAAACCCUAAAACCCUCAAAAACCUAGUGAGUUGCUCCAAACCCCUAAGCAUUAGGUCACCAAUAUCACCCCAAUUCAGAAAUUACUUCAAAUGCUCAUAUUCAAGCAGCAGCAGUAGUAAUAGUGCCUCUGAAGCUGAAGUAGAAAACCCAUUAACCAAAUUUGCAAAAACCCUUUCUUUGGAUUCAGUGAAGAAAUCUUUAUCUGAAUUAACACCUUUUGAUAUCUGCAAAUGGUCUGGGAUUGUCUCAAUUGCUAUUGCUGCAACAAAAUGGACGGUAAAUCUUUUACUCAGUCCUUUUUUCUGGAUGUAUUUUAGUUGGACUUGGUUAUUUUGGCCUUGGUUUCUAGCUGUGGGUCUUGCAGUUUACGGUCUUUAUUGUCUUCGUAAACAUUCGAAUGGGGAAGCAAAUAUCUUUGAACAAUUAGCCAUAGUGACUUCAGCUUUUACUUGGUUAACCCUUGUUCCACCAGCUCAUUUUAAUGGAUACCUUGAAGGAUGGCCAUUUGUGUUCUUCUUUGUGUAUCAUUAUUUCUUCUUCUUCAAUGCUAGUAUAAGGAAACGUCUUUAUGGUGAUUAUUAUCUCCCUGCGCAUGAUCCAAAAUGGGAUAUCGUGGUACCCAGUUUGUUUCGAUAUUUGUUCUUUACUGGUGUAAUGGUUGGUCAUUGGUUUGCGGCAAUGGAAGGACCUGAAUUGCACUUAAUUCGCGGUGGUUGGAGAAACUUCGGAGUUUGGGGUUUGAUAAUUGCAACGCUUUUUAUGCACUACAACUCAAGUUUGUAUCUAGCUAAGUAUUCUGAGAAGGUUGUGGUGCCAACUUCAGUUGUUCAGUUUGGUCCCUAUAGAUUUGUUCGACAUCCAAUUUAUGCGUCUACGAUGAUGCUUCUUGGAACGUACUGUGUUGCACUUCGGGCACCUCUAAGUUUGCUGUUUAUAAUUGCCGUCUGUGUGGUUUAUUAUGACCAGAAAGCGAAAUUGGAAGAGAGCUUGUUGCUGGAGACAUUUGGGGAUAAAUAUACCGAGUACAUGAAUAAAGUUAAGUACAAGUUCAUCCCUUUCCUAUAUUAGUCUACUUUCGGCUGUAAUGUUGUUAAUUGACGUGGGUUUGUGUGGAUUUGCUCUUAUCAAAUCAACCUUUUGAGCCUUGUAAUCGGAAUUUCUAGUGGAUGAACAUGACUAGUUCUUUCACUUGUUUUUACUUCAUUCAUGAUUUUCAGAGUGUAUUUGAUCCUACAUUUGGCAGUUUUUUGUUGUUGUUGUACUCGAUGUUAUUAAUUACAUUUUGUGUUCCUGAUCUUUCCA